AUGACUUUCCUCACGUACGAGCACGCGCUCCAACUGAAGGAGGACCUAGAAGGAACUCGCGCAGAGGUGCUCACCUACGAAUCCGAGGAGUACGCAAAGAGCAUCCAGCGAUGGAGUGACACAUGCGAAAAGGAAGCAGGCGCCAUCGUCCAAGUGACGUCCACGGCUGAGGUAUCAAUAAUCAUCAAGUUCGCGCGAAAGCGUCAUGUCAAGUUCGUUGUCGAGGCCGGCGGACAUUCUACCACCGGGGCUUCUGCUUCCCAUGGUGGCAUCGUUAUCAGCAUGACUACCAUGCGGAAGGUGAUUACCGACCCGGCGUCUCAUACCGUCUGCGUGCAGGGAGGUGCUACCUGGGAGGAUGUGAACAGUUCCACAAUGCCGUAUGGGCUGGCGGUCGUGGGACCAACUGCUAAUCAGACUGGGGUGGGCGGGUCGACGCUGGGGGGCGGAUAUGGCUGGCUGACCGGCCAGUACGGGUUGAUCAUCGACCAGCUUCUCAGCGUCAAAAUGGUCCUCGCAGACGGCACUGUUGUCGAGGCCUCUGAGGAGAAUGAGCCUGACUUAUUCUGGGCUGUCCGGGGAGCAGGACAGGCAUUCGGCGUCGCCACGGAGUUUGUCUUUCGUGCACACUCGAUCCGUCCCAGUAUGUUCGGUGGAACCAUGUAUUUCACGGUAGACAAGCUGCCGGAGGUCGUGCGCUUCGCCAACCAAUUCCAUGAGAAGCAGGAUCCAAAGAGCGGGCUUUUCUUUGGCUUCAGAGCCCAUCCUGCGGUCGAGCGCACGGCUGUUGUGGUCCUCCUCUUCUACUAUGGAACUCGUGCUGAGGGCGAAUCGUUCUUCGAGGAUCUCUUGUCCGUCGACGCGGCUGCGAAAAAGACCGACAUGAUGUCUUAUGCAGACAUCCAAGCUCUGGGAAACAUUGAGCCCAUCUCAGGCGGCCGCAAAAGCAUUGAUGGCACGGCCGUGACGUUCCCACUGCCCAUGGAGCGAUAUCUUGACGUCUAUGACCACUUCGACCACAUCUUAGCGUCGUAUCCUGAAGCAAAAAGCAGCGAAAUCAUGUUUGAACUGCUACCGUACGCAAAGGCUGGGGCGGUCCCUCUCGACGCGACAGCAGCCACACAUCGGGGGCCUUACUACAAUGUUGGCUUGAUACUGUGCUGGAGCAACCCUGAGCUGGAUCGGAGGAUUGUCACCCUCAAACAUGCACUUCUAGACAUCUUCACACCGGAGUCAAGUACCAAAGAUGAGGGCUAUGCUGAGAAAUACCCGAAUUAUGCUGGACACGAUGUCCAUGCAAGUCAAUUAUUUCGUGGCAACAUCGACCGACUCCGUACUCUGAAGAAGAGAUAUGACCCGGAAAACGUCUUUCGACAUUGGCACGAUCUACUUCGAUAG